GCUCACUUAGUUAGUGUUUACUGUACAUCAGAGUUGGGUGCGCAUACGAGCAAUAGUAGAUUGCUCUAUUCUAGUAGAACGUUCAGUUGCAGCUCGUCAAUUGGCAGGGACGGAAGUGGUAGCGCCGAUAGUACUUAAAGCGGCACACAAGGAGGAAGAGUAUCCCAUCCACGAUGAAUAUACAAAUGAGUGUUGUGGAGCUGCUCAAGCUGGGUGCCAAGCUCAUCGGCCACAAAAUCGAGCAGUACAAUCUAGCCACAAAGGUCACAGUGGUGGUAAAUACCCAGCAUGGUCAGGUUCGAGGACUUCAGCGUAAGACCCUCUAUGAUCACUUACUCUAUUUCGCCUUCGAGGGAAUACCGUUCGCCAAGCCUCCGCUGGGCGAGCUGCGUUUCCGCGCACCUCAAUCUCCAGAUCCAUGGACUGGCAUCAGGGACUGUACGUUCACGCGUGCCAAGCCGGUGCAGCAAAACUUUGUGAUGCAUGUGCUGGAGGGCUCCGAGGAUUGUCUCUACUUGAAUGUUUACACGAAGACGCUUAAGUCGGACAGACCGCUGCCUGUCAUGGUUUGGAUCUUUGCUGGGGGCUUUCAGAUUGGCGAAGCCGACAGAGACACGCACAGUCCGGAUUAUUUUAUGCAAAAAGACGUCGUCCUAGUCACCAUCAGCUAUAGACUGGGAGUUCUAGGUUUUCUCAGUCUCACUGAUCGAGAUUUGGAUGUGCCCGGCAAUGCUGGACUCAAGGAUCAGGUAAUGGCUCUUCGAUGGGUAUACAAUAACAUCGCCAACUUCAACGGCGAUCCGUCCAACAUAACUCUGAUGGGCCUAAGCGCAGGCGGUGCUUCCACUCACAUAAUGAUGACAACGGAACAGACACGCGGUCUGUUCCAUAAGGCGAUCAUCAUGUCGGGCUCGUCGCUGUGCGACUGGGCCAACUCGCCCAACCACCAGUGGCCCUAUCGGCUGGCCUGUCACCUGGGCUAUAACGGCACCGACAACGAGAAGCAAGUGUUUCGCUUUCUGCAACGCGCCUCGGCUAAGGAACUGAUCGGCUGCUCAGCGCUGCCGAGUCAAGAAGAGGCACGUGAUUACAUACUGUUCCCCUUUGGACCUGUCGUCGAGCCGUACGUGAGCCCCAGCUGUGUAAUCGCACAGCCGCCAGUAGAGGCGCUCGCCGGGGCAUGGGGCAAUAGAAUACCUCUGAUGAUUGGCGGCACCUCGUUCGAGGGCUUAUUCUCAUACCAGUUCAUAAUGCGGGACACGGCGCAAAUGCUGAGUGCCUUCGAGGCCAUAAUACCCAGGGAGGUGCGCGAAGUGUCCACGCAAGCGGAGCUGAAAGAGCACAUCAGACGCCUGAAGGUGAAGUUUUUCGAGGAUGCCACUCGCGGCCGCAUGGAGUUCAAGGAGUGCCUGCAAUUGCUUUCCUUUAAGCACUUUUGGCACGGCAUUCAUCGCACAGUGCUCGCUCGCAUUGCCCAUGCCAAAGACGCACCCACCUACCUCUAUCGCUUCGAUUUCGACUCGCCCACAUUUAAUCACUUUCGGAUUAUGAAUUGCGGGCGCCAUGAACGGGGCGUCAGCCAUGCUGAUGAUCACUUCUACCUCUUCUACUCCAUCCCAGCCAGCAAACUGGACAAGUCCUCAGAGGAGUACCGCACAAUAGAGCGUAUGAUUGGCAUGUGGACGGCGUUCGCGGCCAACGAUAGUCCUCAGUGUCCUCAGUUGGGAUCUGUCCAGUGGGAUCCCGUCGACUGCAGUUGCGCUCUCAAGUGCCUCAACAUUAGCCGACAAUUGCAGUUCAUCAAAUUGCCAGAGAGCAAGCACCUGAGACUCUGGGAUAGCUUCUAUGAGAAGCUGCAAUUGUACUAGCUAAUCGACACCAAAUCAAGAACGUAAUAUAUUGUUCAAAAUGAUAAGGAUUGUGAGAAAAUUGACUAAAUAAAUAAGUGCUAGAGA